UAAAGAGUGAGGUUUUGAGGAAGUAACAGCAGCGUAUUUUCUCUACAGAUGAGGAAUGAAAAUCUUGUCAUUUGGGUGAACCAAUGAUGGCGGCUAUUAAAGAGCUGCUUUUGGAAACACUGGACGAUCUGGGACAGGAGGAGCUAAAGAUCUUCAAGUGGUUCCUACAGCAGGCUGAAAUCCUGGAAGACUUGCCAGCCAUCCCGAAGUGCCGCCUAGAGAAGGCUGACAAGCUGGACACACUGGACCUAAUAGUGCAGACCUACAAUGAACAGUCUGUGCAGGUGACCAAGACAGUGUUAACAAAGAUCAACAGGAAUGAUCUGGUACAGAAUUUGUCCAACAUUGGCCCAGGACCCAAACAAGUUGUGCAGGCUUCUGGAGGAAUUUCAGAGAGCAGCGAAGCAUGUUCUGCUUCUCUUCCUCACCCUUCCACCAACAACAGCCAGACUGAAGAUUUGCUGGAGCCAGAAGCAGACCCUCCAGAAUUCAUUGCAUUAAAUCGUUGCACACUCCAAUCACACCUCCAGGACAGGUUUAUGUGUGCACAAGAAGGGUGGACAGAAAGGAUGGAUAAAAAACAUCUAGAUGACAUCUACAUAGAGCUCUCCCUCUCAUAUGGGAUUAAUGUAAACAUCGGUGUGCAGCAUGAGGUCAGGCAGGUUGAGAUGGCACCAAGACAACCAGUGGGAACAGGGCAAACAAUCCAACCCAGUGAUAUCUUCACACACCCCUCUGGAAAAAACACACCUGUGAGAACAGUGCUGACCAGUGGGAUUGCAGGAAUCGGCAAAACAUUCCUUGUACACAAAUUCAUCCUGGACUGGGCUGAAGGAAGAGCCAAUCAAGAUGUGCAUCUCACAUUUCCCUUCACCUUCCGCCAGCUGAAUUUACUGAAGGGCAGACAUUUUUGUUUGGCCGAGCUCAUUCACAAAUGCAUUCUGGAAACCAAAGACAUUCGGCAGGAGGAUCUAAAUUACAUAUUCACAAAACUACAGGCUUCAGGAAACACCAACUAUGACAAGAGUAAAUUCAAACUUCUGUUUGUGCUUGAUGGGUUGGACGAAAGCCGCCUUCAGCUCAAUUUUACUGAUGACAAAAAUCCUACCAUUGAUGUGACACAGGCAGUUGGAGUAGAAGUCUUGCUGACUAGCCUCAUCAAGGGGGAACUGCUGCCUUCUGCUCGCCUCUGGAUAACCACACGACCGGCAGCUGCCAAUCAGAUCCCUCUUGACUUUGUUGACAUCUUGACAGAGGUGAGAGGGUUUACUGAUCCACAGAAGGAUGAGUACUUCAGGAAGAGAUUCAGAGAUGAGGAGGUUAGUGGCAGAAUCCUCUUUCACGUCAAGACAUCCCGGAUCCUCCACAUUAUGUGCCACAUCCCAGUCUUCUGCUGGAUCACUGCUACAGUUCUGGAGGACGUGUUGAAAACCAGUGACAAGGGAGAGCUGCCCAAGACCCUGACUGAGUUGUACGCAGAAUUCUUGAUGUUUCACAUCAGACAGACGAAAGAAAAGUAUGGCACAGAGAAGAGCAUUCAGUACAUUCAGGCACUCGCAAAACUUGCUUAUCACCAAUUGGAAAAAGGGAACCAGAUCUUCUAUGAAAAAGAUUUCAAAGAGAGUGACAUUGAUUUCAAUGAAGCAUCUGUGUACUCAGGAGUGUUCACGCAGAUCUUCAAAAAGGAACGCCGCUUGAAGGACAAGGAUGAGCAUAAGAUGUUUAGCUUUGUCCAUCUGAGUAUUCAGGAGUUCUUGGCAGCUGUUUAUGUGGUGCAGUCACUCAUUAACAAGAACAAAAAUGUAAUGGUGCAACAACAACUCAAGUUCCAAAGUGUGCAGAUGCUUUUCAGCAAACCAUCUAUAGCAGAGGUCCAAAGGAUGGCUAUUGACAAGGCCUUAAAGAGUCCAAAUGGGCACUUGGACAUGUUCGUCCGCUUCCUCCUGGGUCUCUCCCUAGAGAGCAGUCAGAAUAGCCUACAAGGCCUACUGAAACAGACAAUAAGUACUUCAGAAGCCAAUCAGGAAACAGUGCAGUACAUCAAGGAAAAGAUCCGGGAGAACCCUUCUCCAGAGAGAUGUAUCAACCUGUUCCACUGUCUGAAUGAGCUCAAUGAUAAUUCUCUAGUGGAAGAGAUCCAACAGUACCUAAGUUCAGGAAGUCUCUCCACAGACAAACUCUCUUCUGCUCAGUGGUCAGCUCUUAUCUUCAUCUUACUGUCAUCAGGAAAAGAUCUGGAUGUGUUCGACCUCAGGAAGUACUCUGCUUCAGAAGAAGGUCUCCUCAGGCUGCUGCCAGUGGUCAAGAACUCUAAUGUAUUCUUCCUGAAUGGCUGUAACCUGUCAGAAAGAAGCUGCGAAGCUCUGGCUUCAGUUCUCAGCACCCUAUCCUCCAGUCUGAGAGAGCUGGACCUGAGUAACAACAACCUGCAGGAUUCUGGAGUGAAGCUUCUCUCUCCCGGAUUGGAAAGUGCAUACUGCAGACUUGAAACUCUACGACUGAGUGGCUGUCAACUUUCCUGGAGAAGCUGUGAAGCUCUGACCCCAGUUCUCAGGUCCCAGUCUUGCAGACUGAGAGAGUUGGACCUAAGUAACAACGACCUGCAGAAUUUAGGAGUGAAGCUGCUUUCUGCUGGGCUGAUGAGUCCAUGCUGUAAACUGGAAACACUCAGGUUGAAUGUGAGCAACAUGUCAGAGAGAAGCUGUGAAUACCUGGCCUCAGUUCUCAAGUCAGAGUCCUGUAGCCUGAGAGAGCUGGAUCUGAGUAACAACAACCUGCAGGAUUCUGGAGUGAAGCUGCUCUGCACUGGACUACAGAGUCCACACUGUAGACUGAAAACUCUCAGGUUGUCAGGCUGCCUGGUCACAGAGGAAGGCUGUGGUUCUCUGGCCUCAGCUUUGAGCGCCAACCCCUCCCAUCUGAGCGAGUUAGAUCUGAGCUACAAUCAUCCAGGAGACUCGGGAGUGAAACUUCUUUAUGCUGGACUCGAGGAUCCACACUGGAGACUGGACACUCUCAAUGUGGACCAUAUCGGAAUGUGCUGGUUGAAAACUGGUCUAAGGAAGUAUGCCUGUGAAAUCACCCUGGACCCAAACACAGCCAACCGAUUCCUCUCUCUGUCAGAGGAUAACAGAAGGGUGACACUGGUGAGAGAGACGCAGUCCUAUCUUCCUCAUCUGGAGAGAUUCCACCACUGGAAGCAGCUGCUGUGCACAAAUGGUCUGACUGGGCGAUGUUACUGGGAGGUGGAGAGGAAAGGGUGGGUAUCUGUAGGAGCAACUUACAGAGGAAUCGGAAGGAGAGGAAAAGGUGCUGACUGCUGCCUCGGCCUUAGUGACACAUCUUGGAGCGUGUGCUGUUCUCGGGAUUGUUACUCCGUCUUCAACAAUAGCCGAAUGGCAGCCAUAUGUACGACCACGUCUGUUUCCGACAGAGUUGCAUUGUAUCUGGACUGGCCUGCCGGGUCUCUGUCUUUCUACAGAGUCUGCUGUGACACACUGAUCCACCUCCACACCUUUAGCACCACAUUCACUGAACCCCUCUAUCCUGCAUUUGGGUUUGAGUAUUUGAUUAGGUCUGACUCCACAGUGUCUCUGUGUCAGAUGAAGGAGGAAGAGCAGCCUCUUGUACAAAAACAGCAUGGCUGAACCACGUUGCACAAA